GCGGGACGUUUAAGCAGUGAUCCGGGACUGCAGGUUUUGUAAAGCAAUCGGCACUGUCCCGCGGAAAGCGGGACUUUUGGGCGGUAUGAGUGUAAUGCUUAGUUUUAAUACAGCGCGACCCCCUAUAGUUGUUAUUUAGGUGUUAUACUAAGAAAAUGCCCACCCCUACCUCAUUUGUGAUUCAUUCGGAAUUAAAAGGCAACAAUUGUAGCAAUUAAGGGCCUUUGCGUUGCUUUUUCCUUUAUAGCACACUGCAGUAGAUAUCUAUGCAUGACUGAGCUCAGCUUUCUUCACUAUUCUACUUUGGAGUUCUCCAGCCGCGCUGAGCGCUUCAGACAUACCUCUCCUUAUCUCCAAGUUCUGGAACCACUUCUUUUGGUUUGGUCUGUGUUCCAAUGAAAGCUGCACCGCUGCUCCACGGCUGCAAACGUCUACAUCUGGGGGAAAACGUGUUGGCCAUCGUUACAACACACUAAAAGAGAGACUCUAGCAAAUCAUGCUGUAGAAGAUCUUCCUCAUAAGUUACUGGUGCCUACUUUUCUUUAUGGCAAUUUGGAAUCCUCAGAAGCCCAAGGAACUCUCUUACAGAUUCCAUUGUAAGACCGCUGUGCACUACCCAAAAUUGAAGAAUUAAUAAUAUUUAAAAUAAGAUGUAAGUUUGCUUAGUAAACUUAGGAAAAAAUAAUACCAUCCCAGAGGGACCCAAUGAGUGGAACACAGUCUGCAGCUUCGGACAGGUUUCACUCCAGAAAACCAACCAGACACGGAAGCAUACUUUAUAGAGAGUCUUCAACUGACAAGAAGCAGAAAGUCGAGAGAAGCGUUAGCUCUUCUCAUGACUUUGAUGCCACAGAAAGCGUGUCCAGGAAGGCAAAGUCUACUUGGGAUGAGAGUAGACAGGAGACCUAUGGUUUAGUUCAGCGCUGUGUGGUAAUUCAACGUGAUGAAAAUGGUUUUGGUCUGACAGUCAGUGGUGAUAACCCUGUCUUUGUUCAGUCCGUCAAGGAAGAUGGCGCUGCCAUGCGAGCUGGCGUGCAGACUGGGGAUCGGAUCAUCAAGGUUAAUGGCACUCUGGUCACACACUCCAAUCAUUUAGAAGUGGUCAAGCUUAUAAAGUCUGGCUCCUAUGUAGCUCUUACAGUACAAGGUCGUCCACCUGGGUCACCCACCAUCCCUUUAACAGAUUCUGAGGCAGAUAAUUUUGUUCCCAUAAUGCCCCCUCAUUCUCCAGUACCCCAAGGCCAUGGAAAAGGAAUUACAAGCCCAAUACUUAUGGAAGAGGAAAAUAACAUUGUACAUACCCAGAAGCUGGAUAUACUGAUGAAGAUGCUCCAGAAAGAACAAGACCAACUACAUCAAUUUCAAGAGGAGUUUCAUACUACUCCAUCACAGAGGCUUUCUAAGGAGAUCCAAGACAGUAAGAAGCACAUAGCCCAAUUGCAAGACGGAUUGUCAAAAGCCAGAGGUCUUUCACAAGGCUCGGAAUCAUUGCAGAUCAGUGAGCUAGAUGCAGACUCCAGUGACAUACUGGGACAAACAGAUUGCAGCAGUGGGGAUGGAUCACGGCCAAAUAGUGACAUUGUAGAUAGCCCCCGUAGUGGACAGCGAGAUAAAAGCUUCCUGGAGGAAAGUCUGGAGAAAAGUGAAAUUCAGGACACAGACUCUCAGUCAAGUAUGGGAAGCCCCUCUAUUCGCUUCACUCAUAAUAUUAUUGGCGCAGAGGAUGAUGAUUUUGAUGCUGAACCAGAGCAGUCCCCACAGAUAAAUGGGCAAUGUAGCUGUUUCCAGAAUAUGGACCUGUUGAAAUCUCACCCUGCUCACUUAGCAGUAUUUAUACAUCAUGUGGUCUCCCAGUUUGAUCCAGCAGCUCUGCUGUGUUACUUGCAUGCAGACUUAUACCAGCAAACAAAUUCUAAAGAGACUCGCAGGGUGUUUAUGGAGUUCAACCAGUUCUUCUUAGAGCGAGCAGCGAAUCUUAAAGUCCCUGUCCCAGAUGAUGUUGCUCUUGAAUUAGAGAAAAGAAGACCAGAGCUGAUUCCAGAGGAGCUGCAUCGACAAUACAUCCAGACUGUGCAAGAAAGACUCUCUGAGGAUGUUAAAAAAAACUUGGAGGAUUUUAAGCAAAAGCGCAGCAUGGGACUGACCCUGGCAGAGGGAGAACUCUCCAAACUGGAUACAGAGCGAUUCAGAGACCGUAAUACAAUUGACAAGGAAAGGGCCUGUGCAGAGCAGAUUGUUCAAAAGAUUGAGGAGAUUUUGUUUACAUCACAGACUCCUGAAGAUGAAAAAAGCAAUACCAUACAGUAUGUGAUCCUAACCUACAUGAAGCAUCUUGGUGUCAAAGUUAAAGAGCCACGAAGUCUUGAACAGAAACGUGGUCGAAUUGGAUUCCUCCCCAAAAUUAAGCAAAGCAUGAAGAAGGAUCGGGAGGGGGAGGAAAAGGUAAAGCGGAGAGGAUUUCCCAGCAUCCUUGCACCUCAGCGGAAACCUAGCCGGCAAGAUAGCAAUGCAAUUGGCAAGGCUAUGGAACUUCAGCGGCAACGCCACCCCAAGCACUUAUCCACAUCUUCAUCCAGUAGCCCUGAACCAGCAGAUGGAAGUAGAUUGCGAACCAGCGGUGGCUCCAUUGAGGGUUCUGACACACCCUUCUCGCCAUCAUCUAAUUUGGGUGCGGCCUACACCUUUCAGGAAGUUGGAAGAGAAGUGGAGGGAGUUUCUAGAUGUGGUGGUGAGAAUAUGUCAUCUGUAGAUACCCUUGAUGGGGGCACUCGCACAUCUGGCCCAAUAUUUGACUUUCCAUCACCAUCACUUGACCACUUACAUGAAGAGAUUGGUGAAGCAGACCGGUUAACUGACCUAGGAACACCAAAACUCCUCAGAAAGUUGGACAGCGUUGCUCUAAGUGACAUUCAGAGUGAGGAUGAGCACCAUGAGAUAGACCAGGAACAAGAUCCACCCAACUGGCAGCAGCUUGUUAGUAAGGACACCCUGCAGAAACUGAAACCGCACGAGAUCAAGCAACAGGAAGUCAUAAACGAGCUGUUUUGCACUGAAAGGGCACAUGUGCAGAAACUCAGUGUUUUGGACCAAGUGUUUCAUCAACGCGUGAUUCGUGAAAAUCUCUUAACUCCUGCAGAAACCCGAAAUAUUUUCUCCAACUUAGAAGAAAUCUUACAACUUCAUGGUGCACUUAAUGAGCAAAUGAAAGCAGUAAAGAAACGUUAUGAAACAUCUGUGGUUGAAGAAAUUGGAGACUAUGUUCUGAACUGGUUCAGUGGAGCAGAAGAGGAGAAACUGAAGCAGGCAGUGGCCACCUUUUGCAGUAACCAGCCUUUUGCUUUAGAGAUGAUAAAAUCUCGCCAAAAGAAGGAUCUGAAAUUCCUUGCCUUCGUACAGGAUGCCGAGAGUAAUCCUCUAUGUAAGCGCCUGCAGUUGAAGGAUAUUAUUCCCACUGAGAUGCAGAGACUAACCAAGUAUCCACUUCUGCUGGAUAACAUUGCCCGAUAUUCAGAUCAAGAGAAUGAAAAAGAAAAGGUGAAUAAAGCAGCAAACCACUGCCGCAACAUCUUGGACUACGUAAAUCAGGCGGUUAAAGAGGCAGAAAACAAGCAGAGACUAGAAGAUUAUCAACGCAGGCUGGACCUGUCCUGUUUGAAGCCAGGAGAGUAUCCAAUGAUAGAUGAACUGAGGAACCUAGAUUUGACCAAGAGGAAGUUGAUACACGAGGGGCCUCUGACAUGGAAGGUGAAUAAAGACAAAUCAAUUGAUCUUUACUCUCUGCUGCUAGAGGACAUUUUGGUUUUACUUCAGAGACAAGAUGACAAGAAUUCUGAGAUGCGUAAGCAAGAUCUGGCUGCAACUUCAGAGAGCAAACAUAUCUUCAGUCCUGUUAUCAAACUCAACACUGUGCUAGUGCGACAGGUGGCAACAGAUAACAAGGCAUUCUUUGUUAUAUCCAUGUCAGAAAAUGGGGCACAGAUUUACGAGCUGAUGGCCAAUUCUGUUUCUGAGAAAAAUGGGUGGCAAGACCUCAUAACAAGCAUGGCUGCAACAUCGAAGACUGAAAAUUCUCAGCCUGCUCAGUUACAGCAGACUGACCCAGACCUGGACAGCGAGGAAGAACACGAAGAUCAGCAAAAAUUGUCAAAUGACAAAGAAGACGAAAGACUUCUUCAUAGGCACAGAACAGACAAAGACACUGAAAGUUUAGUUCAGCCAAAAUCCUUUUCUCCAUCACCAACACAUGGCAGCAUCCUCCCUCACCAUGCGGGUAUUCUUAAAGAUCAGAAUCAGCAAGACUUCAGAUGCAGCACCAGUCCCUCCUCCUGUCAUCCAUCUACAGAGCAUCACCUGGCAGUGCAUGCACUGAGAAACUUGGGACUGCUAAAACAGUUACUGGAGCAACAGCUGAAGUUCCUCCAGAAAGAGGAAGAAGAAAACUUUCAACGAUUUUGCAGCCAUAAAACAAAGGAUCAAAAUCUUACAAGGGUUUCAAGCUUGAAUAAGCAGAACAGGGGAAGCAGGGAGUCUGACUUAAAUAAAGAUCUACAUGCUCUGCACAGGGCUAUAGACAAAGGUUCUGAACAUGGAAACACUGGCCCAGAUUGUGUUGCUGAGAUAUUGGAAGAGAGUGGGGAACAGUUUUUUGAUGCACAGGAACCACAUAGUGAUAUAUAUGUAGAUGGCUCCAGAAGAGAAAAGCACAUUGAAGAGGCACAAUUCAGAUCAUCAGAAAACUACCUGAUACUGGAUGGCUAUGAGAAUGUGCCAGAGAGCUCCACGGAUGAUGAUCUCUCUGCCUCACACUACUCCAACCAAGGAGAUCCAAACGAUUCUUUGCAUGGGGAAGAGAGGCUGGCCUUCAAUGCCCUCGAGCCUGCAUCAUCUUCAGAGGCUUUUGAUCAAAUGCUUCAUUACAUUGAAACCAUUGAAUCAGACUUGCAGCAGCUCAAGGGGCUUGAAGAUCAUUAUAUCACAUAUCGUAACAGGGUGGCUUUGUCAGGGGUCUUGGAGGAAGAUCCAGAUAAGGCAAUGCUUCCUACAGAUAAGGGUUAAAUCCAGAGAUUAUUCAACUUGGUCCAUGGAAUCCCAUCUGAUUUGAAGGGAUCUGCCUGCAGUUCCUUACCCUACUUUGGGAACAACACGCAUGUGCACAGUCUGCUGCCAACUCGCUCCAGCCUCCCCAACUCAUGAUCCACAUUAAGAUACCAAAUGUACAGAGAUGUGGUGAUAAGAUAUAAAAGUAUUUAGCAAUUUCUACAAGAAGUGAAGAAAAAAUGAGAGAUGUAUUUAUUUGUCUUUGAUUUAAGGCACAUUGUUUUCUUGCUUUUUUUAUUGUUGUAUAUUUUCAACCCUUUAUUGUUCGUUACAUGGGUGAGUUCAUGGCAAACCCAUCUGUACUGCAGUCAAGCAGCAGAGGGAGUGUGGUAGGUAUGUUUAGAGUAAUCACAUAUUUUCCCAGUCAGUCUUUCAAGGCUGUUGAUCAUGCAUGUUCAGUGUGAUAUUGCCCUUAAAGGGCACAACCAUGCUUCUUUCCCAGAUAUAAGGGGAAAGGUCAUGCCAGUUACACCAAAUAGACAUGUCGUGCGUUAGUGGUUAUGAUGAUGCUGCUUGUCCUCCAGAACACUAGCAUAGGUUGCCAAAACACUACUGAGCUAGCCAUGCCCUUUUUGAGACAGGCACAGGCACCACAAAUAAUGUUGAGGGCCAGUAAUAAAGUUGCCUGGUGGCCUGCCUCCAUAUUUGCACUGACAGUGCCAAGGUGCUCUUAGCUGAGUUUUUACCCUCCCAUUCCAUCCACCAUUUACACCUGAGGCUGGAGAUAUAUUCAGAAGUGUCUUCACCCACAACCAAGUAUUUAAUCCUACGCUUCCAGCAUUAGCUGCAACUUUAUCAGGCUUUGGAAUUGAUUGCUGCUCAUUUUUUAGCCAUUCUCUGUAUAUCUGAGCAGUUUUGGGAGAGAAAACUGCCCUGCUAGCAAAUAGCAGACUUUUGUGCCAGUUACUGUUAGUGUUUAGCUGUUACUCCUGAAACCUUCCCACAGAGGUCACCUGGGAACCCUUUGUUAAACCACAGGGAACCUUGUGUUUAAUUCAGACAAUCUCUCAGAUCUGAUGCUUGCACAGUGGAACAAGGAGGGGAAACAAAUUACGCGAUCAUACAAUCAUCUCUCCUGUCUGCGGCAGAGAGCCAGUCAACUGACAGAUUUGCACCACCGAAGGUGACCAAAUAUCUACAGGUGCUCCUUCUUGGGUAUUAUCAAGUUCACGAGCCCUCUCUGUUCCACUACAUUACCAGACAAUUACAUGAUUGCUAGCUAAUAUCAUUUAAAUCUUGUAAAUGCCCUUGUAGACAUCAUCAACAUGUGUACAACCACUGCCUGCAGCAACUUAGAAUGCUGGAUCUGCUAAUUCUAUAUCCUCUUAAAUGCUAAUGUAGCUGGAUUAGAGGGACAGGAAGUGGGCUAGAAUGCGUCUUUGCACUUUUAGGAUUGAUCAUUCACAGCUUUCUUUGCUGUGUUUUUCCCAAUAAAGGGAGUGUUCUGUACCCUUUCUGUAUUUUUUUUUUUUGUAUACAAAAAAAACUCUACUGGUUGUAUUCACUUUGUACAUCAGUAAUGCACUCUUAACAGUGGCUAAAACCAAGAUUUUGGAGUAUUCUUUACAAGAAAGUUAACAUUCAUAUUCUAUGUUUUUAUUGAUCAUGAAUGGCUGAUAUAUAAUUAUCCUGAUGUAUGUUUGUGAAAUAGCUCUUUUUAUUCAUUAUAGCCCAUAAGUUUGUAUGUUUCUGGAAUGAAAUAUCUCUCAGCUAGAUAUUUUUGGAGGGGGGUGGUUCAGGGAGAGUGGGAAGUAAUAUUCUGAUAUUAAAUAAGUUUACAGAAACAC